UACUACCUGCUCCCACUCCUUUGUAGGUUGAUUGCUUUCGGUUGCUUUAAAAACUGUAGUUCCGUUCGGUGUGGCGAGCACAGGCAGCCCGAAGAAUGUGUCAACAUUCUGUUAAAUUAUGUGUGGCGUGAAUGUUUAUUAAGUAACUUCCACGGUGCUCUAUAUUGUGGACACAAAAGCCGAUUUGUUUUUGUUUAGUGCUCAUGUUUAGAAAAUAUUCAACGUUAUGUUAACUGUCUUCAACUUCAAGGUUGUUUGUUGUUCUUGCAUUGUUUUUAAAAAAUGUGUUCUCUACUUCUUCGGAAUAAAUAGCAUGCAUCUGACAACAGGUUGGACCCCACUACUAUGGAAAAUAAAAAGGGAAUACAUCAUAGCCCCUCAUCACUUACUUCAUGCAAUGAAGUCAUACAAAACGAAGCGAUUUCAACGAAACAUUCCCAUCAACACAAUACUCCACUUCAACAUCUAAGGUUAUUACAGUAUGGUUUGAAAAUGUCCAACCACCAACACCCCCUAAAUCAAUCUCAUCCUCAUCAACAAAUAAAUUCACCUUUACAUCUUCACAUGCAUGCUCAGCAAGUCCAAUAUCAACAACAGCAAAAUAUUCACAGGCAUUUACCGCCAGCAUCUCAACAGUUGAAUAGUACAAAUUUUCCCCAACACUAUGUUCAUCAACACCAACAAAACAAAAACACGCAGACGAUCCAGAACCAGGCAUUCGAACAGCAAAUAAAGCAACCGCCCCUACAUUCACACACACAAAUUUUACAAAACAGUCCACAAAUUUGGGUCCCGCAUCAACCUCCGGUUCAUUAUCACCAGCAACCGAGCAAACCCGACCAGAAGAAAAACAGCGCGCAACCGCAGCCAAAGCCGAAGGAGAACUUGGAGAGGAAGAAAUCGAACAGUACUUUUCAGAUGAGGUCGCCCUCGGCGAAGAGGCCCUUAAACGCACCGGUGACCAUGCAAGGGUGGCUGUACAAGCAGGGCUCCGAAGGGCUGAUGUUGUGGAAAAAGCGCUGGUUCGUGUUGUCGGAGUACUGUCUGUUUUACUACAAGAGUCCCGAAGAGGAGAAACUUUUGGGUUCUAUUUUGCUUCCGUCGUACAAAGUUUCCAUUUGUGGUCCUGAAGACAAAGUCAAUAAAAAGUAUGCCUUUAAGUGUGAACAUGCUAAUAUGAGGACUUAUAUAUUAGCGGCAGAUUCACAAGAGUUGAUGUUGCAGUGGAUACGCGUUCUUAAUUUAGCUUGCCUUUUACAAACUAACGUAGAUGCAGAUCAACAGAUUAGUUCGUCGGUGCCCGUAGUUCAUAAUCAGUCGAGUAGUAAUUCUGAUCAUCACCAUUUUCAUCAAAACCCGACUGACAAUACGGUAGUUCAUAUGCACUCUUCGAGCAACACCACUGACUUGAGUAAUCCCAGUCAGCAAGAGCUCAGUCAGUACAAUCAUCAACCAUUGUAUGCCAACGCUCCUCCAAAACCUAGACGUUUAAACGAUAGCAGUUACUCUUCUUCUAGUCCCGACGUAUUGGAAAGAUAUAACAAUCCUCCCCAAGAUGUGCCAAUUAUGCGAAACGUACUCAAAUCACCCGUUAAUAUUUACGGUCACAUUCAUUUGAAACCUCACUCACCUCAACCAGGAUACGUACACCACCGUCCUCAGCACGAGAUGCAUACUUACGUGUAUACACCAACGCGAGACGUACCAAAUAUACCUCAGAACGUGGAACGAAGAACACCAGAUACCUAUGGUCGCUCCAAACUAAAUACCGUAAAGUCGAGGCAUCCAACCGACUACGAGGAUGUAUAUACCGACCAAACCAUGUAUAAACGACCACUGAGUCCUAUAGCCUAUAGCCACAUAAAGAAAACUCCGGUUGUGAACGCACCAUACCGAGCGUACACACCUCCACACAUGCUAGAUUCGAAAGAUCUAGCACCUUGCCCGGUCCUACAACUCCGAAAAUCACCAGUUCCAGUUGUAAGACCGCACAGUGCUGAUUUCUUAGAGUACGAGUUGAACCAUCGACGACCAAAUUCUAGUGUUUUAACUAGACAGCAGCCGCGACCUAAAUCUAGCCUAGAUAUUAACAGAUACUCGAAUAGUGAUAAUUAUUUUUACUCCGAAGAAAGAUACGCCGAAAAAAUGCGCAAAUCGGCGCAGUACCUCCCCAACAUGCCUAAAGGCUACACCACCCCGCAUGACAGGAAAUUCACAACGAACAAACUCCCCGAAAACGAAAACAAUUUCGUUCUGAUGAGAUCUAAUACUCAACCGAUCGAUUUUAACAACGUCGAAAUUAGCGAAAUGCAACCGGUUAGGAGCCGGAGCGUGUUAAGCGAAGGUUCGUUAUCGAGGGAACUUGAUAUGGAUUUACGGUCGAAUCCGCAACAGUGUUUAAGAGAAGCGGUUAGUCCUGCUUUCGCCGGCAGACAGGAAUAUGGAUACAAUUACGAAGACGAUAUUCGGAAUAAGGAAAAUGACCAGUUCGUUCGGUCGGCCAGCGCGAGGUUGGCAACGAACGAGCUGCAGGGGGACGUAAAUCCGAUGGCCAUCGUGGGAGACAGAAAGAGAGAAGAGUCCAUGAAGCGUUUGCUUGAAUGGAAGCAAAGAAUGUUGCAGUCUCCAUUGAACAGAAAGGUUCAGAAUCACCGUAUAUAUUCUGGAAGAGUUCCGAUUUAUGGUAAAAAGCAAGAAAACGAGUUUGCAGCGAAAAACCAGUCAAAUAUAUAUUCUGACGGACGAAGAUCCAUGAAUAAUUUGCCGCAGUAUAACAGUUAUUCUUCAGACGACGAAGAAAAUGAGGAAGGAAGCAAAGAAAAUGUGCAAUCACAGGCAGGACGGACCUUGGACACAUUUUCGAGUAAUUCAGAAUCACUUACACCUGCACAUACUGCUUCUAUCACUGUGUUUAAUACUCUGAAGGAACCUGACAAGCCUUUAUCUCAGUCUGACACGAUGCACGAUUCACGACAGCACACAGAGGCCAAAGAGAGCGAGACCGCCUGUGAGGAAAGCACAUUCACAAAACCCUUAAUCCAAUUCAAUAAAGAAUCCUCCAACCUGGCGCACGUCUCGAGCUUGCGUUCCGAGUUCUCGGACAAAUUCGAGCCCAGCCCUACGAUCACAGAAAUCAAAAGCAACGGAGCCCUCGUCAAGAGCAUUCUAGCCGAAUUCGAGCGGAAAGCGAGCGACGGCAAAGACGACAUGCUCCUCGAAGAAAACUACAUGACCAUGACCCCGAAAAAGAGCGUGCUGCAGCCUCGCUUGAGCACCAGCAGCGACGCCACCCUCAUUUUUAACGAACUCGAGGAAAACCCCUACGUGGAGAUGACCCAAAACGUCGACAUCUCCUUCCUAGAGUCCUCCACUUACGGCUGCGAGCUCAUGGAACACGAACCGUACGAAAUGGUGUGUUUCAACGAGAACAAGUUCGAACCGGUUUACAUGGAACUGAAAAACCCGGACAAGAAAACCGAGAACAAAGACCUUCCAGACAUCGUAGUCCCUCCCAAAAUCAAAAGGUCUGCCGUCACUUGCAACAACAAGUCGGAUAGUUCGGAUGCGGACGACGAAGCGUCUAAAGACUUGGACUCCUUGGAUGCCCCCAGCAACCCUAGGUUUAGCUUGUCGGAUAAUUUUCGCCCGGCUUCGUACUAUUUAGGGGCCAGUCAAACCGUAACGGAGUUCCCGGAUAGUUCCGACAGCGAAUUAGUGUCACCACCCCCGAUUCCAACAUCGCCGCCCCCACUUGAAGAUUUAGAUAACACGGACGAAAGUUUAGUGACGAAUAGAAAUUCGGAUCAGUAUUUUAAUAGCGCGCGUCUCGGGAAAACCCCUCCGAUGAUAAAAACGCGAAAUUUGUCUCUAAGCGCUUUGAAAGAUCAAGAUAGUUCGUCGGUUUGCAGCGUGGCAACGUCGGAUACGGAUCGGCGCAUGCGUAGCAGACUGUCACACAAUAGUGACUCGGAUGUCGAAUUGCGUAUACCGGUAUCGAGAAACGCGGAAUAUGAAAAAAUGUUAAAACGUAGACCGGUUGCUGAGGAAUUAUGCGACGAGCUGGACUCAGUGGCUAGUGAUUUAAACGACACGAUCGACCUGGAUAAGUACCUAUCCGACUUACAAAUCAGUAACUUAAACGAAUCAACGAACGAAGAUUUACAAAUGAUGAAGUUUCACGAGUACGAAAAUCUAUGUAUCAGGAGCAAACAGACAGACAACGCGGAAAGUAUGUCCGAAAAACCUGCAGACAUCAGUACUGAAGUAAACGGCAGACAAUCGACUUUGUCAAGCGAGGAGUUCAUUCAGAAAACCGAAAGUAGCGCCUCUACGUCAAUGGAAAUAUGCGGAUUUGUGCAAAACUCGAACAGAUCUACCCCUAGUAUCAGAAUUAGUAGUUCUUUAAGCGCUCAAGAAAUCCCCACCGUGUCUUCGUAUUUCUCGGACCAUAGAGACAUGUCGUCCAACUCGUCGUUGUGUCAACCGGCGCCUUAUUACUACUCUGAUCUGUGCAUGAAUGUGUCCGACACCGAAAGCAACUCCACGAUCCUAACCCUAAAUAAUCAGAGACGUGCUUUGAACGGAAAUAAACGGGACAUCACUCGAAUAAUUAACCCCAUCAAGUGCAACAGUCAACUGAGGAGUGAUCGUGGAAACGACACAACUUUUACUCUGGCGGCGGAAGCUCGAUCAGCGUCAGUCGAUUUCUUGAACCUAACCGACAAGUCAGGUCACAUUGACAAAAAAAAUAUUUAUGAAUCGGACACUUUGAAACGGUUGAAGAUGGCGGAAUCAGUUGGAAUGAACCCAGAAACGCGGAAUUUGUACCCUCCUUUUAAGCUCGACAAGUUUAAUAACGUGGAAGUGACUAACGACACGAAUGUGCGACGAUCGCAUUCAUUAGAAGGUUUAUUAGAAAACGUCUUCAGUGAACACUUAGACGUGGAAAAUGACGACGCAGUGGCGGCAGACAAUGAGGCGUCUAACACUGAAGGUAGUUACUUGUGGGAGGAGGAUUCGAUAUGGCGGGAGAGAUUGCGUUCGGCGAGUCAAAGACACACGAAAUCGAUGGACGAUCUAAAUAGUAUCGGAGAUAAUAAGAAAGUGCAGAAAAAGUCGCCGAGAGGUAUCACAAGGGUUGUGACGUACGUUAACGACAAUAUUUACAAUAUGCCGUUCCAAAGUAAAGUACAAGAAGUGGAUGAUAAGAACGAGGGCGAAAAUAACAGUGGGGUGAAAAAGGAAGGCAGUUUUGUUAUUGAUAGAGAGAAAUUGAGACAGUGGGACUUAAUGUCGAGUGCACCUUCAGAUGAUCAAUUGUCGACCAUCACGGCUUCGCAGGGACCGGCGGGUAAUAACACGGUGCUAGAAAUAGGUGAUGGGAGUACUUGUGAACCAGUUGAAAGUUUCAACAACCAGCAAACAGCAGCAUCAGGUUCAGUAUCAAUAAAUACCAGAGAUAGAUUUCCAAAAGCAGCUUUUUCUAAAAGACCGUGGACGAACUGCUCGUCGCUGCCUACACGCUCGGUGACGAAUUUGGCAAGAACUAACGAACCGGAGAACUUCAUGCCACAUUCGCAAGACUAUUACUUAACUCAAGCCCCUCCGCAUCGUGACUUGCGUGCAGAUAAUGUCCAUGCACACAACAUCCGAAAAGAAAAGUGGUCUCUAAAUGAUAAAAUGAAUGUAUCUGCUGGUGAACUACUUGGUAGGACGCACGAAGAACUCGUCUUACUUUUGAUACAAUUGCGUAGACAAAAUUCCAACACAUUGCAGGCCAUCGAAAACUGUUACAAUGAGAUUGACACAAUACAGGCACAAUUACAUGGCUCUAUACUAAAUCAAGUGACACGAUUAGAGAAUUUGCAAAAACUGGAGCAAAUUAAGCAACAUUUGAUUGAACUAGAAAAGCAAUACGAAAAGGGCAAACCCUUGGUAAACCUUGUAGACAAUAUGGUAAAACUAGGUUCACUCUAUAGAACACCCAACGAGCGCAAUUUCCUGGCUCCUGAAAUCCGAGACCGUCUAGAAUUCAACCAACAAAUCCAAGAGCGGCGUCUUUUAGCAGAAGAACGCCGUGAUUGGAACCGACUGAACUUUAACCACAUCCAGUUGCAAGAAAAAGUGCAGCAAUUAUACAAAUUAGAUAAACUAAUCCAAGAAGAAUCAGGAACGUUGCAAAAUCUCCAACAAGAUAAAGAAGAAAUCGAAAAAGCCUUAGGCGGUUUGAAACACCGUCUGAACAAAGGGUUUAGCGAUCCUGCCGAAGUUGAAGAAGCUAGAAAACAGCAAGUCAAUUUAGAAAACGAAUUAAGCAGGGUACAUUUAAUGUUAGCUCAAAAUUCUAAAAAACUCGAAGAAACCGUAGCCGGAAACGCAAGACUGGAACAAGAAUUAUUAAUUUUAAAACAAAAACUUCAAAUAUCCAGGCAACAAAGAAGUUCGCCACAGUUUUCGAACGCUGGUGACAGUAUGUUGUGUGCCGGUGGCACGUCAGCCAUGUUAGAAUCGGACCUACAACGAGUGCAACAGAAAGUCGGGGAUUUACAAAAACAAAGGCAGGAACUUAGUUUACAAGUUAGGCAACUCACCGAUCGGUCGAACAGCUUACAACAACAAGUUAAACGCUCACCGUCGGCAGUCACACCAAACAACCAAAAUACUAGUAACAAGAAAAAGGUCAAUUCGUUUUGGCGCGAAACCGACUUAGACACCAUGAACGUGAUAGACCAUGGCGACUCGUGGGACAAUCAAGUCUUCAAUGACGUUUCUAGCUACAGCGCCGACUUGAAACAAGAGUCGGAUCUUUACGGUCGUGGUUUCAAAACUACUGAUUCCGGCAGCGACGACAAUGCGCAGAAUCCGAAUCUGAUUUGUCAUGAAAAACCCGAGAUCAAGACUGUCAGGAUUGUGAAACGGGAAUCCGAGAGGCGGCAACGGGAUCGGGAGAAGAGUGCAACCGGGAAGUGGGAUGUUCUCGUCGAAGAAGAUAACUCGUCGCAGAAUUCGAGUGUUUUGUUUAGGCCUACUCCAGUACAGAAGACUCAAAGCUCGACUAACGUUAUGUUGCCGCCGUUCGAGAUGGAUAAAAGCGGCGUUUUGAGUAGGCAGAGCUCACUGUCAAGUCCUAGUUUACCGCAGACGUUUUCAGAUAGGAUGAGCUCGAGUGCGGAAGGUAGCGUUGAUAGAUCACCGGAGUUGUCGCCGGUGUUUAAAAGCGAAGCCGCGAGGCAAAUCAUCACGGAGAUGUCCAACCAGGACAUGCCGAAGUAUAUGAAGAGAAGAGCGGUACCGAAGGAGAAACGUCGCCAUUAUACAGCCCCUCACAAUAACUUGAUAAUGAAAAGUCUGAACCAGUUACCGACGGACGAGGAUGCCUUCGAUAAAAUGAUAGUCAAUAAUAGGAGAGCUAGAGACGAUUUAGAUAUGGAGAGGGCGCUUAGGCAACGCAUCGACGCACCCGACGUCGUACGGUCUACUUUGAGUAACAAGGAACUCAAAUACAAUGAAAAUACCAUUGAUAAUAUUCUAGGAACUCCAAAUAAGAUUAAUAUACCUGAAAGAUAUAUACCUGAACAAUUACCUCAGUUAUCCGCUGAAGAACAAGAACAUAGAUUAAGAAAGGUCGAGUCAAUUAAAAAAAUGCUUUCGGAUGCUGCUAUUCUCAGCAGCAGUUCGUCAAAUCUUGCCUCAGAUGAAAAGUUCAACAAAACACCAAAUAGCAUUACCAAUAAGGCAACCACAAAAAUGAUAGAGGAGAAAAAGCAAAGAGAACACUUACUCCAGUUGAAUCAAAUACUUGCCAAGCAAGUAAUGGAGAUGAGCAAAAUUGUAGCAGUGAAAGCAUUGGCGACGUUGCCGCUUCAGCCUCAACAGAUGAACACGGACGAAGAGGACUCUUCUCCUGUGACGCCUUUGCCUCUUUAUCAACAACGUGAUAAUUUUUACAGUUAAUUUAAAUUGAGUGUACAAAUUUAAAAGGUUGUGUUCAAAAGUUUGGCCUGUUAUACAUUUUAAAUAUAUUAAGCUCCAUUAGUAACCAGUAUUAAAGUAUUAUGGGCUGUUCUCUUUGUAUAUAUUUGAAAUGUAACUGUAAAGAACUGAGUGCCAGACAAUAAGUAUAUGUAUAUUUAUUUUUAUUUGUUUCAUGAGAUAAAUUAUGUUGUACAACGUUACGUAGUUAAAUGUAUUAAUAUUGUUUAUAUUAAAGUUUAGAAUAUUGUAAGUUAAAUUCUGCUCAUCGAUUAUUUAAUUAAACUUGUUCAGAUUUUGGGAUGGUGAUGGUUAGUUGAUCGAAACAGUAUAUUUUUUAUAUUAGAAAUAUAUGGUAUUUUACGUGGUUGUCUAACUUUGGAGUGCCACUUUUGGUAAAGGUAAAUUUUGUCUCAAAAAUAAGCUUUAAUUUACACGUACUUACGACUUCGAAUUUUCUUUUUUUUAACAUAUCUGUGUAGCUAAAUUUAGUGAACGUACCCCAAAGUUUUACAACGUGAAUUUCACUUGCAAAAUUUAAUAAUUGUAUGUAAAACGCCACGACUAGCGCAAUUAGGAAAAACGUAAAAGAAUUACUGAAAAUGAUAUUAGAAAAUGUUAAUUGUAAACACUAUAAUUGUGUACAACACGAGCGGCACAUGAUUUCCUCUUUGGUGCAAGUGAACAUUAGAGUUACAAAAGCCGUUUCUCUUAUAUUUUUAAAAUACUCUUCCUCUAACGACAUUAUUUAACUUUUGUACAUAUUGUUUAUGCAAAUAUAUUGACAGUUGAAAUUUAUUUAUUUAUGUAUAAUUCGUUAAGGUUAAUUAUGUGAACAUCUUGAUAAUAAAUUUUUUUUACAAGUAACUUUUCUAUGAAAAAUUGUACGCGACAGAAGAAUAUACAACUUGUAUGGUGUUAUCAACACAUAUUUAAUCACAAUAAACAAUCAGCUGCUAUGACAAUUCCAAGCAGCGAAGUAGUAA